GGACUGUUAUCACACCAUUCUUCUUCACAAAGGCUGCCUUCUUUGGCUUAUGGCUUUUCAAAACAAAUCAUCUUACUUUCUCUUACCACCCUUUCUUCACUGCCUUCUUGUUUUUCUUCUUGGUUUACCAACUUGUUCGUUUUCUGAGCCUUAUAAAAAUGUAACUCUGGGUUCAUCUCUCACAGCAACGGAACAAAAUCACCUCUAUUGGACCUCCCAAUUUGGUGAGUUCGCUUUUGGAUUUCUACAGUUGGAAAGUAAAGGCUUUUUAUUGGCCAUUUGGUUCAAUAAAAUUGAAGAAAAAACGGUGGUAUGGUCAGCAAAUCGCGAUAAAUUGGCACCUAAAGGAUCCACAAUUCAAUUUACUGGUGGUGGGCAACUUGUGCUGAACGAUCCUAGAGGCAAUCAAAUAUGGACGUCAAGUUCCUCUGGAAGUACUAAUCAAUCUGUUUCCUAUGCUGCGAUGCUUGAUAGUGGCAACUUUGUGUUGGCUGCAACUAAUUCUAAAAUUUUAUGGCAAAGCUUUGAUGUGCCUACCGAUACGAUUUUACCAUCACAAACUUUGAAUAUGGGCGGAUUUCUUGUUGCUCGUUAUUCAGAAACCAAUUAUAAGAAUGGAAGGUUUCAACUUCGGAUGCAAAGUGAUGGGAAUCUUGUGCUUUACCCCAGAGCAUUCCCUUUGGAUAUAGUAAGUAAGGCUUACUGGGCAAGUAACACAAUAGGCUCUGGCUUCCAACUUGUUUUCAACCUCUCUGGCUCUAUUGAUGUCAUUUCAAACAAUAAUACUAUUCUCAUAACUGUGGUAUCAAAUACCCUUACGCCACAAAAUUUUUACCUUCGGGCGAUUCUUGAGCAUGAUGGGAUUUUUAGAAUGUAUGUUUACCCAAAGCCCACACAUAAUUCGUCUAUGGCUAAAGCUUGGUCUCAAGUGUCAGACUCUAUAAACAUUUGUACCAUGGUGCAUGGUGGGUGGGGAAGUGGAGUGUGUGGAUUCAAUAGUUACUGUAGACUUGGGAAUGACCAGAGACCAUUUUGCACUUGUCCACCUGGCUAUGUUUUACUUGAUCCAAAUGAUGAGAUCAAGGGUUGUAAACCCAACUUUAUUGCUCAUAGUUGCGAUCAAUCAUUUCCUGAAACUGAUAACUUCGAAUUUGUUGCUUUGGAAAAUACCAAUUGGCCUCAGGCUGAUUAUGGCUUUUUCAAACCAGUAAGUGAGGAAUGGUGUAGAAACGAAUGUUUGAACGAUUGUUUUUGUGCAGUUGCCACUUUCAAAAAUGGUGAAUGUUCGAAGAAGAGGUUUCCUCUAGCUGAUGGACGAAUGGACCCUAGUGUUGGCGGAAGAGCACUUCUCAAAAUUAGGAAACAAAACUCUACAUUCCAACCUAAUAAUCUUAUACAUAAAUCUACUAUAGUCGUCGUUGGAUCAGUUCUAUUAGGAAGCUCUGUAUUUCUCAAUUUCCUUUUAUUCCUUUUCACUUUAUUCGUUAGCUACCGACUUAGGAAAAUUAGGAAAUCAAAGCUUGUUCAAGAAGAUCCUUCCAUUUUAUGUGUGAAUUUGAGGAUCUUCAGCUAUGAAGAGCUCAACAAGGCCACAAAUGGAUUCAUUCACCAGUUGGGGCAUGGCUCUUUUUCUACUGUUUAUAAAGGGAUUAUUGACUCUGAAGACAACAAUAACUUGGUGGCUAUUAAAAAGUUAGACAAUGUGGUGCAAGAGGGAGACCGAGAAUUUAAAGCUGAAGUAAGCGCUAUUGCUGGAACAAACCAUAAGAACUUAGUUCGAUUACUUGGGUUUUGCAAUGAAGGAGAACAUAGAAUGUUAGUGUAUGAGUUCAUGCAUAAUGGGUCACUUGUAGAUUUCCUUUUUGGGAAUUCGAAACCAAGUUGGUAUACUAGAAUUCAACUUGUUUUAGGGACAGCAAGAGGACUAUGUUAUCUACACGAAGAGUGCAGCACUCAGACAAUUCAUUGUGAUAUUAAGCCACAUAACAUCCUUCUGGAUGACUCAUUUACCGCACGGAUUGCAGACUUUGGUCUGGCAAAACUUUUGAAAAAAGAUCAAACUCGAACUCUGACUGUAAUUAGAGGAACCAAAGGAUAUGUAGCUCCAGAGUGGUUUAGAGGCCUCCCCAUCACAGUGAAGGUUGAUGUUUACAGUUUUGGAAUAUUGUUGUUGGAGAUUAUAUGUUGUAGAAGGAGUUUCGAAGAGAAAGCAGAGAAUGAAGAACAAAUGGUGCUGGCAGAUUGGGCUUAUGACUGCUUCAAAGAGAAGAAAAUAGAGAUGUUGGUAGAAAAUGAUGAGGAAGCAAAGAUUGACUUGAAGAGGGUAAAGAAGUUUGUGAUGAUAGCAAUUUGGUGCAUUCAAGAGGAAGUAUCCCUAAGGCCCACCAUGAAGAAAGUUUUACAAAUGUUGGAAGGUGCUAUUGAAGUCUCUUUUCCUCCUGGCCCAUCGUCCUUCACUAGUACAAUUUCCUAAUGCUUUCUUUUUUUUAAGGUGGUGUUGAAGUUUCUUAUGUGCCUCACCCAUUUCAUUUAUCACUGCAAUUCACUAACAUAAUUGUCUUCCAUUAAUAAAUAAUAAGAUGCACAUCUAAACUUGUUCUUUUUAAGAAAAUUGCAGUAGGUGGUCGAAUAGCAGCAUGAUUUUGAAAUUUGACCAUUAUUUAAAAAUAUUGAUAUAUGACCAUUUGAUUACUUUGGAGGGUCCAUCACUAAAAA